AUGGCCUCAGCCGUUGUGUUCUGCGUUGCACUGCUGCUGGCUUUCAUCGCCGGCGUCCACCCGGUGCCCCAGGCCGGCACGUCCAGCUGCACCACCGACCUCUUCCGCCUCCUCCCCUGCCUCCCCUUCGUCGACGGCACCGCCGCCGUGCCCCCGGACACGUGCUGCUCCAACCUGGGCAGCAUGGUGCACGACGAGCCGCAGUGCCUCUGCCAGGCUCUCAGCCAGCCCAGCGCGUCCCCUGUCGCCAUCAACAUGUCGCGGGUGCUGGCGAUGCCACGCCUCUGCCGCCUCGACCUCCCGGCGUCCGCCGCUGGCGCCUGCACUGCAGGGCUGCUUCCCCAGGGACCGGCACCGCCGCUGCCGGUGAGCGCCCCACGCCCAAGCGCGAACUCCACUGCCCCAUCGACGCUGACGCCGGCAACACCGACGGCACCGCAUAUGACUCCGUCACCGUGGAUGAGUAGCCAGCUACCGCGAUACAGCAGGGGGUCCAAGGUGAUACUUGAUGGCUUUUCAGUUGCACUUGGUUUCGUGGCAUUGGUGUCAGUCCUAGCUUUCUGAAGAAAUCGGCUACCGACUGCAGCGAUGGGCCGAAUUAGUC